UGGUUAUCUUUUUCAGAGAGCGCUGAUUUAUGUGGUGAUGGAGAAACGGCCUCUACAUCAAAACAACGACUGACAGCACAAACUCUUUCCUGCAUCACCUGUGGAAAGACAUUCAGUUCACAGAGACGUUUAGAGACACAUGAGAGAAAACACACAGAACAGAAACUCUUCACCUGCACCAGAUGUGACAUCAGCUUUCCUACCUUACAAGAGAAGAAACUUCAUUCACAAGAGCACAGAGACAAGAAACACUUUCACUGUCAGCAGUGUGGGAAGAAUUUUCUCUUCUCUUCUCAUCUGAAGGAUCACACGUGGACACACGGUGAUGAAAAGUCUUUCCACUGCAGUGAAUGUGACAAAUAUUUCAGCACCAAAGCAAAUCUUGUUGUUCAUCAGAGAAUUCACACGGGAGAAAAACUGCACAAGUGUCCUCAGUGUGAGAAGAGAUUCAACCACAAAUCCCAUUUAAAGAGUCAUGUGCGUAUACACAGCAAUGAGAGACCGUAUGAGUGCAGUGAAUGUGGGAAAACCUUUACUGAUACAGGUUGUCUUAGGAAACACCAAAAAAUACACACAGGGGAGAAACUCUAUAAGUGUUUAUACUGUGAUAAACCUUUUCUUCGUAAACUUCAGCUGACAUGUCAUGAGAGAAUUCACACUGGAGAGAAACCUUAUCUCUGCUCUCACUGUGGAAAGAGCUUUUCUGAUUCAACUACUUUUAGAGUUCAUCAGAGAAUUCACACUGGAGAGAAACCUCAUCACUGCAGUGUUUGUGGGAAGAGUUUCAGUCAACAUGCUAACUUACUAAAACAUCAGAGAACUCAUACAGGUGAAAGACCUUAUAAAUGUUCUCAGUGUGACAAGACGUUUGCUCGAUCAGAUGUCUUAAAAACUCAUGAGAGAGUUCACACUGGAGAGAAACCUUAUCACUGCUCCAUCUGUGGAGAGAGAUUCACUUUUUUGGGAAGUUUUCAGACUCAUCAGAAGAAACAUGCUGAAGAACAAACUGAACUGGAUUCGUCUUAAAGACCUUGUAAACCGAACAGGAUGAAAUGCUAGAAUAGAAACAAUACAUUCCUUAUGUAACCAAUUGCAUCAGGCACAAUCAUUUGCACUUGACACAGCAAUUAUUUUUUCAACCAGUUUGCCGAUAUUUUUCCCACUCCAAACACCUUCAAAUAAUAAUAAGCCACAACCUUAACAUUAGUAUGCACUCCAUUGUGUUAGAAGAGAUCUACAGAAUUUCUUCCAAAUGUUUUCCAAACAGUUUCAUUUUAAGGCCCAGAACGUAAAGAGCAAUGUAAGUGAAGGACAGUGGGGUGGUUGGGACAGUCCUGCUUGGACAAAUACAUGACAACAGUUGUGAACAAAUAAUGUGAGUUUUUUGUAUCCAGACCCUUUAAUGCCACAUUUUACCUUAGUAUCCCAUCAUUAUAGCAACAGGGCGGACUAAUUCCAUGCAAUAAGCAUUUUAAAGUGGGAAAAUGCAUGUUUCCUUUACUCCCAAAUUUUCAAUGCUGAAAUUUUUAUAAAUUCCACAGGUUUCAUUAUACCUCAGUUUAGUCAAUUCAGUUGUGAGGUAAUGACUCAGCAGCCACAAUAUAUAAUCCUUCCGGUGAAAACCCAGCAACAAAACAGCAUUACAUUAUGAGACUUUAGCCAUGGUUUGUUAAGGUGGACUAUCAGGUUUGGACAGGUAGGAGUCAAAGACUUGUAGUAUAAAAUACAAAUGGGUUACUUCAACUGGGGGUUUGCCAGUUAGCCUAUUUUGCAUUUUCUUAUUUAGUUACAAAUGAAACAUUUUGUUAAAAACAUUACAACAUCCAAUGCCUCAAAGAAUUUGAAAGAAUGUAGCAAACAGUUCUAGGGCACCUUUGACACCCUUUUUAAGUUAUUCUACUAUGGUAGUCAAUGAUGUCACAGAAAUGUCAGUUACUUACACAGUUCCAAAUAUUUUUCAUGGUGUUCAACAGAAGAAAAAAGUAUUAUUUUAAAACAUUCCAACUUUGGGGGGGGGGGGGUCAUUUAAUUUUUGGGUGGAGUAUCCCUUUAAUAAUAAGGUUCAAGAAAUCCAUUGAAAUUAUUUAUCAAUACUACCUACGGUCUAGAUAUUUAAAAAGUUCAAGCGGAAACAUAUCUUGGUUAUUCUAUGUAAUUGCAAUUUUUUUCUGACCCUAGCCUAACACGGAAUUAAAUGCAAUAAUGUAUACAGUAUACUGUAACUAUCAAAUAUAUUAUGUAAAUUAUACUUCAAAAAAAAAAAAGCCAAAUAAAUAUUACAAAAUAUAUUACGA